AUGCCAUAUCAAUACCAACCACUUCCGACUCUCUACAACUCAGAAGAUGUAUACAUACGAUUGCUGGAAGUUCACAGGGGUCCUCCAAGUGGCCCCAUUACCGGUCGACUGUACACAACAUUGUUGUCGGAAGCCCCAAAGUUUUAUGCUCUCUCCUACUGCUGGGGCCCUGAGCCACACGAAGCUACCAUUCAUAUCACCAACGCGGCCCCACCUCGUGAUCUGGAGAACGACAACACUCUGAAGAUACCUAAAACUUUAAUACCGUUGCUCUACGAGAUCCGAGGAUGGCGUUGGCUGGAAACACGCACAAUAUGGGUCGACAGCGUAUGUUUAGAUCAAAAGAAUAAGGAGGAGAAGACCGCACAAGUACCAAAAAUGCGACAGAUCUACAUGAAGGCUAGUGUGACUGUGAGCUGGCUGGGUCUGGGAGAGGAGGGGAUAGAAGCAGCUUUUGAAUAUGCUUCUGGUCUGAACAAAACCUACAGGCGAGAGCUGGCGGAGCAGGGACAAUAUGUUUUGUCACCGGCAGAAGAGAUAGAGAAAGAUGUGCGUGUUAAGGUCAAGCUAGGCGAUCCAGCACUGGAGACGUUGCUCAGACUUUUGGAUCGGCCUUAUUUCGAACGAGCUUGGAUCAUGCAAGAGGUCGUGGUUUCCAGUCAGGUGGUGUUCGUGUGUGGAAGCGCUAAGAUACUCUGGCAAUCGCUUCUAGGUGCAUCUCUAUAUCUAACGCUGAAUCAGCUGUGGCUGUGGGAGUUUUACCAAGGAGUCAAGUUAGGCAGCAUCAUUCUCAUGAGGCUCAGUGAGAUGGAAUGGGAAAAUGGCGUCGAUCUUGAUUGGCCCGGGACGCUACUGAGGCAUCGAUCAUGUUUUUCUGGUGAUGCCAAAGACAAAAUCUUAGCUUUUUACGGUAUGAGAUGCAAGAAGGCAUUGGAUGAGCUGGGAAUAGAGCCGGACUAUGACGAGGCACUCACGACAGAGAUACUGUACACUCGUUUGGCCGCGCGCGCGCUUCGCAAAGGGCAAGUAGCAAUCCUCCAUGUGCCUCGUCUGGUCACCAACUCCCUCGAAGAAAGCGACAACAGAGUCGUCCGACUCACACUUCCGUCUUGGGUACCGGACUGGCAAUGGACGGAAGCAACACCACAAUCGUUAGUCAUGCUUGAAAUACCUGGAAAGGAUGCCGAUAAAGCGCGAGACUACCAUGCUUCGAACAACUCUGGAUUUGAACCUAGCUUCGAUAUCGAGGCAUACAACUCGCCACCAGAACUUGGCAAGCAUCCAGAAAACUUACCCAAGAUGUUGCGGUUGUCUGGAGUUGCAGUGGCACGUGUCACUCAGCUUACACCACGCCGCUGGGAAUUGCCGAAAGCCCCACUUCUCCAAUCUCUCCUCGAUCAAGCAAAGCUCCUCCAGUUUAACAUGCAGCAAGUUCAUGAGUGGGAAGUCCUCUUUCGACCCCAGCACGCCAAACAGCUUUACUCUGCGACCGGCGAGUCUGCAACGGAAGCCAUGUACGAGAUGUUCACGGCUUGCGAAACGCAACAUACCCCAGAAGCUAAGAGGAACGCUUACGGAGCAUUUGAGAAACGCCAGAAAAUCCUGCGUCUUCUUCACACAUUCAACAUCCACCGCUUCCUAGUUUGCUACAUCGUGGUAGUUCUGGUUGAGCGUGUGUUUCGUCGCUUUGGCUGGGUCAAUCCUGAAGUAGAGUUCAGGUCUAUGACCUGGCAGGCGUUAAAUCGCAAGGGCGCGCGAAUAGUUGGUCUUGCAGACUCUAAGACCACUUAUUAUGCUCUGGUACCCAGUAUAUGUCGGCUUGGAGACCACGUUGUGCUAGUCGGUGGCGUUAUGACGCCGCUCAUACUGCGGGAAGGUGAAGGUACGUGGGAGUUCAUAGGUGACGCUUAUAUUCAUGGAAUCAUGAAGGGUGAACUUUGGGAGAAGGGCAAGGGAAAUUGUCAAGACAUGUGGAUCGCUUGA